AAGGAAAAAGGGGGGGAUUUGGGAACAGUCUUUGUCCUCACCCCGCAGUACACCACGCAACUGGAGCCGGACACGGAGCUCCUCGCCCGGGAGACAGACCCAGACCCUGGAUGGCUUGAUAUCAGAGCGGGAGGGCUUUCUUUUAAUCAAGAGGAAACGAAGGAGAAGAAGAAGAAGAAGAGGGGGAGUCCUGAAAUAAGAGAACAAGUUCCAGCAGAGAGGAGACGAGCAUCGCGACUGAAGGUUUGAGAGUUUCCCUCCUGUUCCGGAGACAAAAUGAGCUGGAGCUUCCUCACACGUCUGCUGGAUGAAAUUUCCAAUCAUUCCACCUUCGUGGGAAAAAUCUGGCUCACCCUCCUCAUCGUCUUUCGCAUUGUGCUGACAGCAGUCGGGGGAGAGUCAAUCUACUAUGAUGAACAGAGUAAAUUCGUGUGCAACACACAGCAACCCGGUUGUGAGAAUGUGUGCUAUGACGCAUUUGCACCACUGUCACAUAUUCGCUUUUGGGUCUUUCAGGUGAUUAUGAUCACCACCCCCACCAUCAUGUACCUUGGCUUUGCUAUGCAUAAGAUCGCCCGCAUGGAGGACGAUGACUACCGGCCCAGGAGCAGGAAGAGGAUGCCUAUUGUUAGCCGCGGUGCAAAUCGGGACUACGAAGAAGCAGAGGAUAACGGGGAAGAGGACCCCAUGAUCCUGGAGGAGAUUGAGCCUGAAAAGGAAAAGGAAGUUGUUGAGAAGCCCAGCAAAAAGCACGAUGGACGCCGCCGCAUCAAGAGAGAUGGCCUGAUGAAGGUCUACGUGUUUCAGCUGCUAUCACGUGCCAUCUUUGAGGUCUCUUUCCUGUUUGGACAGUACAUCCUGUAUGGGAUAGAAGUGGUGCCGUCCUAUGUAUGCACACGCUCUCCUUGCCCGCACACAGUUGAUUGCUUUGUCUCACGUCCAACAGAAAAAACGAUCUUCCUGCUCAUCAUGUAUGCAGUCAGCGCUUUGUGUCUGCUCUUCACCAUGUUAGAAAUCCUCCACCUUGGCAUCAGUGGUAUUCGCGACUGCUUUUGUGCACCAAGGUCUCGGCCUCCCACACCCCGUCACCCAGCUCUAGCUAGCCAGAGGUCCUCCAUCUGCCGCCAGCCCUCUGCGCCUCCAGGCUACCACACAGCUCUGAAGAAGGACCCAACAGGAAAAAUAGGCUUUAGGGACAACUUGGGGGACUCGGGCCGUGAGUCGUUUGGGGACGAGGCUUCGUCACGGGAGCUGGAGAGGCUGCGCAGACACCUAAAACUUGCCCAGCAACAUCUGGAUAUGGCUUACCAGAACGAGGAGAACAGCCCGUCACGCAGCAGCAGCCCGGAGUCCAAUGGCACUGCAGUCGAGCAGAACAGAUUAAACUUUGCCCAGGAGAAGCAGAGCAGCACAUGUGAGAAAGGUCUCCGUGCAUAGGUUAUCAUCCGCUGAACACUUCACAUCAGGAGCAGUGAGAGCACACAAGGGAAUCGAAUGGCGCAUGUGUGUAUGUGUGAUGUCAUGAACUUGCUUGAGGUGGAUGAAGUCAGCUCAAGCCUUCCAGUGUUACGGGCCAGCCGUGGUCGAACGAGGAGGAGAAUGGUUGUCUCAGCUCAGCAAUACUUGAGACACCAGCCUGUCUGAAGAUCCAAAGUGCUAACAAACUACCGUCGUGCAACAAGAAUGGUUAAGGUUAACUUCUCCCUCAGGGCAGCUAUUCCUCUUUUUUAUAGUUUUUAUAUUGAGACUUAGAGCUAUUAGUCCUUUUUUAAGAGUUUCUUCUCUGUUGGAAGUUCACAGUGAGCGCAUCUCAAGUUUGCCUUAGACCGAAACUAGAACUCCAUAUGAUGGCAUUUUGUAAGGCCAAGCCAGUUGUAGUGCAAAACAUGUUUAAAUUGUAGGAUUUUGUGAGGAACUGAAUCAGCGAGUGCUUGUAGAUGCAAAAAAAAAAAAAGGUUAAAUGUUCAAGGCACCACCUGUAAAAAUGAAAGGUACUGGAUGUUUGUCAUGCUGAUGAAGUCUUUGAGAUGUUCAUACAAAGGUUUCUUUCAAGUGUGUCAUCUUUUUUUGUUUUUCUUCCACAAUGAUGGUACUGCGCCAGUCAACAUUCCCAAAGUCUGGUGCCUGGUAUAGAAACUGGAACACACUUGGGGUGCCUUUCUCCAAAGGAAUAAACAAACCUGGGUAAUGCUUGAAAAACAUGUAACUCUUGAUAUUGUAUUGUUUUAAACUUUGUAUUUGAUGCUGUUCUUUAUUUUUGUAUUAGUUUAGAAUAUUGUGGUAAUGAAAAUAGGCUCUUGUCACUGUGGCCAACAUUUUUUCUCUUCUUUUGGUCAAGGAAUCACAAUUGAUGGCCAUCUUAGCUCCCCAAAGUGUUAUUCAAUCAAUGGACUAGUGCACUCUAAAGGCUCAGUGCAAGUUUCACUGCAACAGUUUCUGUCAUUUUUGUAACGAUGUCUUUAAAAACUCAAUAACAUGCAAUUUAUUUUAAUAAGUUUACAUCAUUGACCAGCAAGUGCUUCCUUUUUGAUUCCAGACCCAAAUGUAAUCGUUAAGGGAUAAUGCUGUGUGUCGUGUUCUAUGUCUGAAAGUGCUGAUGUUUGGAUUAGUGUUAUGACUGUUCCAGAGUCUCAAGAAGGAAGGGUGGUAAAUGAUGCAAUCAUUUCAAUGUGAAUUCAGUUGCUUGAAUGCGCUCCAAGCUGCCAUCUUUUCUAUUCUGAAUCAUACCCACAGUACCAUCGGUGCCAACUCCAAUAUUGUCAUCUCAACUUAUUUUUGAGCUAUGCUUUUGUACUUUUUAUACGUUUUGUAUUGAUAGUAAUUUGUGGUUAGAAAUUUUUAAAUAAAUUUUUUUCAGCAAAUACCA